AUGGCGGCUGUAACUUUGCAACCGCCGGUGACGGCAGCCCCCCAUUCAACAGCAAAUGAGUCUACUAGAGUGACCGCAGCCACGUCGCUCUCACUCGAUCGGCAGGCCGCCGACCAUGAUUUCAAGACCAUUGACGGCCUCCUCAAGGCUCGGUCCAAUGGAAGUUUGGCAGACGAGUCUAUCGUUGCAUAUCCAUCAACUGGAACGGACUAUGUAUACUACACACCACGUCAAUUGAAUACUUUUGUUGAAGCAGCAGCAGUUAUUCUUUCAAAUGUUAUCCCCCAAAGACGUUCAUCAGAGGACCCCGUCCAGGUUGUGGGCCUCCUGGGCCCAUCUGACUUGGAAUACAUGAUUACUCUUUUGGCGGUCUCUAGACUUGGUCACACCGUGCUCUUGCUGUCAACACGAAUUGCAGAGGAUGCCUAUGUCAGUCUUGUGGAAAGCACAUCAGCCUCUUUCCUCGUCGUGCACAAGAAAUUUGAGACAAUGGGGCAAAGAAUCACCAACAGAACCGGAAUAGUUCUUCAACAGGCACUUGUUCGCGAGAACUAUGAUGGCCCGACAACAAACACACUCCAGCUACCAGCAGCGUACCUGGAGGGGGCUCAUGAGGCUACCAACAUCUGCUGGAUCAUUCACUCAAGUGGUUCAACUGGUCACCCAAAGCCAAUCUAUCAAACACAUUCAGGUGCGCUGAAGAAUUAUGCCAACAACUUUGGCCUUCGAGGAUUCAUUACUCUGCCACUCUUCCACGCCCAUGGCAUCAGCUGCCUCUUCCGUGCCGUGCACUCCCAAAAGCUGAUCUAUAUGUACAAUGCGGACCUCCCAUUGACGGCUCCUCACCUCAUGGCCACUCUACAAGAUCAUCAGGAAAUUGAAGUUCUUUACGCAGUACCCUACGCGUUGAAGCUUCUUUCCGAAUCAGAGCAAGGAUUGAAAAUUCUUGCACGGCUGGAGCUGGUCAUGUUUGGUGGAUCUUCUUGUCCCAAACCAAUUGGCGACACCCUGGUCCAAAACGGUGUUCGCUUGGUCUCGCAUUACGGAACUACCGAGACAGGACAGCUGAUGACAUCUUUCCGAGAUCGAGCAGAUCUAGAUUGGGACUAUGUGCGGCCCGGUCCAUCGUUGCUACCAUACCUUCGCUGGGAGGAGCAGUCUGCUGGAAUCUAUGAGCUUUGUGUCCUAGAGGGCUGGCCCUCUAAGGUAGCCAGCAAUCGGCCUGACAACUCAUAUGCAACCAAAGACCUUUUCGAGAAACACCCGACGACACCGAACGCGUGGAGAUACUAUGCGCGCCAGGAUGACACACUCGUCUUGGAGAAUGGUGAAAAGGCUAACCCGUUGGUCAUUGAGGGCGUAGCCCGGAACAACUCGAAUGUUGCCGAAGCAAUUGCCUUUGGCGCGAACAAGCCCCGUCUUGGAAUGUUCGUGGUCCCGUCUGAGAGCUGUGACAAAACAAAUGAAGAGCUUGUGGACAACAUAUUCCCUGCCAUUGAGAAAUGCAACGCAGAAUCACCGGCUUUUGCGUACAUGUCCCGAGAUAUGAUCCAUGUCCUGCCAUCUGACGCUAUUUAUCGCAAGACUGACAAAGGAACUGUCAUUCGCUCAGCCUUCUAUCGAUACUAUCAGAGCCAAAUCGACCAGAUAUAUGAUGUUGAAGUUCCCGAGGGAGAGCGAGUCUGUGAGGGGGCUGAACUGAUUGAGUUCCUGCGCCAACAACUCCUUGAAGUUGCACCCACUCUGGAGCCUGCCUCCUUGGAGGAACAGACUGAUAUCUUCAGCCUUGGGAUUGAUAGUUUGCAAUCCAUCCGACUGCGCACCAUGAUCCUGAAAACAUUGUAUCUUGGAGGACAGAAGUUGUCUCAGAAUUUUGUGUUCGAAAACCCCUCUCUUCAGGCUAUGGCUGAUGCAUUGACUUGCCUUCGUCUUGGCCAAACCCCAAAGGAAGAAAUUGCGGUGGAACAACGGAUGGCUACCCUUAUCGAGAAAUACAGUGCCAACUUCGAGUCACAUAUCCCAGUUGCCCGUCAGGCCAAUGGUGAACAUAUCGCUGUGACUGGCGCCACGGGAUCUUUGGGAGCUCACGUGGUGGUUCAGUUGGCUCGAUCAGAAGAUGUUAAAGCAAUCUAUUGUCUGGUUCGUGCGGGUUCCAUUCAUGCUGCUCGUCGCCGCGUCCACCAGUCUCUGCGAGCACGUGGUUUGUCGUAUGAGUUGAGCCCGGCCCAGCAAGGAAAGAUCAUUGCGAUGCCGGCAGAUUUGGGCAACAAGAAUCGUAUGGGCCUCGAGGAAUCUUCCUAUGCAACUUUAGUCGAUUCAGUGACAGGAGUCAUGCAUUGCGCCUGGUCGGUGAAUUUCAACUGGGCCCUGGAAAGCUUCGAGGGUAGCUGUAUCGCAGGGACUCGGAACCUAUUGGAUUUCUGUCUCCGAGUCCGUCAGCCUGUGCCUGCAAGGUUCUCCUUCUGUUCAUCUGUCAGUACAGUGGCCCGCACUCCAGGCCACUGGGUACCGGAGGCUCUCCCCGAUUCACUCAGCUACGCCCAGAACAUGGGAUAUGCGCAAUCAAAGCUAGUUACGGAGCAUAUCAUCAACCGAGCGGCGCAUCUGACUGGAAUGACCGCUCGAGUGCUGCGGGUUGGUCAGAUCAUCGCGGAUACCACUCGAGGAAUUUGGAAUGAUACCGAGGCUAUUCCCAUGAUUUUGCAGUGUGCCGAGACGAUCCAUGCACUACCUAAACUUGAAGAUCUUCUGUCAUGGACGCCGGUCGAUGUGAUCGCCAGCAGUGUUAUUGAUCUCACUCUGGCUCCGGUUGCUGGGGAGGUACUGAAUGUCACAAACUCAACUCUCAGUCACUGGACACACGACCUGCUUCCACUCCUUAAGCAGGCCGGGCUAGACUUUGAGGAGCUCAGCCAACGCGAAUGGCUGAAUCGCCUCCGUGAUUCCAACCAAGAUCCAAAUGUGAAUCCUCCCAUCAAGCUUGUCGGGUUCUUUGCCAGCAAGUAUGAUCAUGACAACCCAAGCCGAGUGCUUCUCUAUGACACAAAGAACGCACAAGCAGCCGCCCCCUCCUUACGCCAGGCUGGAGGACUCACGCUCGACCUGGUCACGCGCUUCGUCAACUACUUCCGCGGAGAAUGUUGGGCUGGCUCGGCGGUCUCAAGUCCCACCCCGAAGUGCCGCGAGGUCAUUUUCCUGACUGGCGUCUGUGGCUGUGGCAAGAGCACAGCUGCUAAAGUUCUUACCAAUAAAUUCGAUAUCCCAGUCAUCGAAGGGGAUGAUAUGCAUUCGCAUCUGGCUCGGGAAAAAAUGGCAAACGGGAUCCCGCUCGAAGAUAGCGAUCGCUGGGACUGGAUUGCUCAUAUCAGAGGGGCUUUGAUGGACAGACUGCAACAUUCCACAGCUCCCGCCAUUGCGGUUACAUGUUCUGCGUUACGAACUGUCUACCGAGAUGAGCUGCGAAGAUUGCCCCAGCUCUUGAACUUCCCGGUCAUGGUCACUUUCCUUUGUCUUUCGAUUGAGAACGAGGCACAAUUGAAGGAGCGUUUGGUUUCUCGCUCCGCCAACGAGGCUCAUUACAUGCAGUCGACAAUGGUUGAGUCACAACUUGCUAUUCAAGAGCCACCCUCGAAUUUGGAAAGUGAUGUUGUUGCGCUGGACGCAACAAGGAGCAAGGAGGAAGUUCUUGGAGCUGUGGAGGAUACUGUGCGAUUGAUUCUUGACUUGUAG